AAAUCUCGCAACUCUAAACAGUCCGCCCAAUAGUUAUUGAUGUAAUAAUGGCUACCGUUGUGCUUACGAGUGUAAGAAUCGUCUUCAAAAAAUAUUAUAAAUAAAUAAUUAUUUCUCUAUUUUCAAUAAAAUAUAGCAUUAUUCUUACUUACACGUAACGCACCCACUCACAGAGGAGCUAAAGCUUGAUGGUCAAAAUGAAAACGUCGACUGCGUUUGAUAUGUGUUCGUUGUUCUGCGCAUUAAUCGUAUGCACUUUAGUGUCAACUGCCAGAACCGAUAAUACGAGUUCUGUUGCUCCAGUUCUUCCACUAUUCAAUUCGUCAGAGAUUGAAGUUAUAACUCCUGAGUCCGAGGAUUGGGAAUCGACACACGUCCCAGCAACAACUACCAUUACGAACGAGAAAUACGGUUCAAAAACGACUCUGGGCACGGAGUCUGUUACGGGCCCGAACAUCUUACAAUAUAGCAACAAAUCUGUGGCGAAUGAUGUCAUCGACAAAUCUACAAAAAUGGAAAACGAUUACCAUCCGACAGACAAGGAAACUUAUAGUUCCACUGAGCCGAUACCGACGACCAACGUUACUCAGUCACUUGAGCAACCACCUACGAGGACACACGCAGUAACUACAACUACCAUUGAGACCAUUUUGAAUGAUACAAUGAUAGCUGACGAAGUCGGCGUAAGUCCCACAGAAGAAGUCGUCGGCAAUUCCCAAAAACCGGCCAACAAGAAGUAUAGUUCCACUGAGCCAAUUCCGACGAAGAACUAUACUCAGACCAAAAUUAGGAAACCACCUACGAGGGCGCAACUGCCAAGUACAACUCUCAUUGCGAUUUUGAAAAACGGAUCGACAACGACUCCGGGCACGCCAGCUGUUACAGAUCUGACUUUCAAACCCCCGGAGGACGUCAUCGGCAAUCCACCAAGUCAACCAAAACCGAAAAACGGUUAUGGUCCGUCACACAAGAAGUACAGCUCCACUGAGCCUAUACCGGCAAAUGAACACACUCAGUCAACGCCUAAGAAACAAGUUAUUACGGUUGUUACGAUGAGAAGUAAAAAUAAAUAUCCCUUACUCGGCCCCAUCUCGUCAAUUUUGGCCAAUAAGGAAAAACCUACGAGGUAUACGACUACGGAAUGGAUUAAACCUACCAAUAAGAAUUGCAACUGUGUCUUUGGCAAAAAUUAUUUAAAACACUGCAACCACAGCAAAGAGGAAAUCACCACGGCCAAAAUGUUGAGCCAAAAAGAAGUUUACUAUCGACGGGAACAACAACGACUCAUGAGGGAAACGACGACGAUCAAUAUUAAGAGACAAUUAGAAGAAUCCCAAAAAUGGGAACUACAACGGAAAGUAUUGGAAAUGGAAACCAUUAGAUUUAACACCAUUUUGGAUAUAUUGAAUACCUAGUCGCAAGUAGGAGAGAUGGUCUUCCAGGUCCGAGUAGGAGUUGCACACUAUAAAUACAGACAUAAGUACCUACAGCAAAUAUAAGUUUUACCUUUUCGUUAUAUAGUAAUGUAUUAUGAUAGACACAGCCCUUAACAAUAUUGAAUAAAAAAACACAGCAAACGUAUCCUGUACGAUGCUGUAUACCUUUAC